UCCCUCACUCUAUAAAAUACCUACUCUGCGUCUCCCAUUUCCCUCACACUACGUACAACAUCAUCAUCAAUCCUUAAACUUCCUCGAAAACCAUAUAUCAUGGGUGUGAUCAGUUAUGAUAUGGAGAUCACCACCACAAUCCCUCCCGCCAAGAUGUUCAAGGCCUUUGUCCUCGACGCCGACAACCUCAUCCCCAAGAUCUUGCCACAGGCUAUCAAGAGUGUUGAAAUCGUUCAAGGAGAUGGAGGGCCUGGAACUGUCAAGGUCAUCACUUUCGGAGAAGGUAGCCAAUUUAAGAGUGUGAAGCACAGAGUUGAUGGAAUUGACAAAGACAACUUCACUUACAAUUACAGCAUAAUCGAAGGCGACGCUUUGAUGGGCAUCCUUGAAUCAAUCUGUUACGAGACCAAGAUCGUAGCAUCCCCUGAUGGAGGAUCCAUCUGCAAGAGCAGCAGCAAGUAUCACACCAAAGGCGAUGCUCAGAUCAGUGAGGACCAGAUCAAGAGUGGCAAAGAAAAGGCCUCUGGAAUGUUCAAGGCCGUUGAAGCCUACCUCUUGGCAAAUCCUGAUGCCUAUUAAUUACUACUAAACCUUCCUAGUAUUUAUGUCCAGAUAUAUUUAUAUAUAGAGUCUCUCGUGAAUGGGACUUUGUGUGAUUAAAGUAGUAAAGGCGUGGUUUUCUUUUUUAGCUUGAAAAUAAGGAGAAAAUCGUCAGGAGAAUUCCAUCUUGUGCGAUUUUUACAGCUAUACUGAAAAUAAAUACGAGAAUGGAGACAUUUGUUAGGAA